CGACUCUCUCUGCUUUUGCUGACACUACACUUAAAUACACAUCUUUUUUUGUAAAUAUUAUCAGGAAAACAAAACAACAAAAAUUAGUACUUUCUUUUGCAAUUAAACCCCAAAUUUUGAAAUUUCAGUAUCUCUCAAACUCUCAUAACCAGCGAGAGUGAGUGAGAGAGUAGAGAGUGUGUGGAGAGAUACUAGGAAGUUGAAGGAAAAAGCGAGAAAGAUGGCUAGAAACAGUGACAAUGAUAUGUGCAAAGAAGAACGGAAGAGAGAGAGCUUCUUCAAGGUUCUACAGAGAGUUGAUAUUUCUUCUGAGAACAUGAGAGCACUUCCUUACGACUUUGUGAGAAGCUUCUCCAACAAUGAGCUCUCUCGUAAGAUGAAGAUAAAAGCUCGAUGGGGAAGUUCUUGGGAAGUAGAAAUCUGCAAAAAUCCAAGAUUCUAUUUCAUGGAGAAAUCCGGAUGGGAGAAGUUUGUGAGUGACAAUGCCUUGGGAGCCAGUGAGUUUCUUACCUUCACUCACAAAGGGAAUAUGCGUUUUACAGUGAACAUCUUCAUGCAAGAUGGCAAGGAGAUGCUACAGCCUCCACAAUCCAUGUCCUUCAUGGCUUCUUCUAGGCCACCUAAAAGAGAACAAGGAAUACCUUCUCUUGCCACGACAAUAGCAGCUGAAUCUAAUGGAGGAGGGAACUACAAAAGGAAGCUCAACUUUGAGAAGAAGAAAGCUGAGGAAUCUCACAAUUCCAAGAGGACCGAUAAAGUCUUUAGUGUCCAGAGAGAAUCUGCAGGUGCCUCUUCAUCUUCUGUUGCAGAAUUCUCCAUGUUUAUCAAAAAAUCAUACCUCAUCUACAUGUGGUUCCCGAAAUCUGUUCAAAGUAUUCAUAUGCCGAAGCAGAGAACGAUUUUCAAGAUACAUCACCCAAAUAUGAAGAAGUCAUGGAAUGUGGUUUACGUGGUGUCAGGGACGAAAUCAAGCUUCUCUGCUGGAUGGAAAGGUUUGGCUCAAGAAUAUCCUCUAGCAGUUGGAGACACUUGCAAGUUUUCAUUCAUCAAACAACACGAGCUGAUUCUCUUUGUCUCAAAACCCUAAGAGGAGACUCACUAGUGAAUAGUGAUGAUGAAUGUGAAGGUGUCUACUGAGUAAAAGACUGUUUAUCAGUGUUGUCUUAAGUUUUAGUUUUAUGUUAUGACUUAGUUCGGUUUUAAGUUCAGAAUGUCUAUCGGAUGGAUCUAUGUAGCUUGAUAUGAUUGGGACCAAUUUUAAUAUGUUGUGUGUUUGUUGUUUCCGUUUGGCUUUACUUUGCUUUCUCUACUGAGGCAGAUGUAUUACAACUGUUCAUCAUCAAAAGAUUCAGAUCUGUAUUAUAGAUUAAGUUCCUGAAAAACAUGAACCAAUCGAAACAAUCAAGUUUCUCAGAAAAA